GUUGUCAGUUUCGUCACUGAGGGGCGGCGGCGGUGGUGUCGUGCACCGGGCCUCAGCAACACCCGGGGUACAUUUGACAGCACGGAGCAGACCUUUCUGCACAAAAAAAAUGGAUUCUUUACCUGAGGAUAUGACGAUGCGCACCCUAAUUAAAGGUAUGAUUGCUGAAGAGGUUCCACAGAGCAUUGUGCGUCCAGAGACACACAGACGUAGGUCACGGAAAAAGACAAGUACUCCCAAAAAGCUCAUUGACGUCUCUGUGCAACAGUCUCCAACUAUGGUUCUCCGCAGUCAAAUGAAAGCGAAGGUCAGAAGUUGUCAGCUAACUGAUGCUGCUAAAAAGGUGGCUGCGCAAUCAUCAAAAAAACAAACAACUGGAAAGAAUUCUCUUGGACUGAAGAAAGCGAAGACUGUCAGAGCAAUCUCUCAGGAAGCUUUAGACGAUUACACACCAAGAGGUCUUCUGAAGAAAUUCAUGCAGACUGAGCUGGAAUCUUCCCUGGUUAAGGUGGCAAAUCCUACAAUGAAAAGUUCUGUGCAAAAGAAAUCUCAAUCUAAGACAAAAUUGUUAUCUGGCAGUAAUAACAGCUUUGGUUUAAGUUUGUCCGUGGAAGAUGACUGUACAAGUCAAAAACAGAAGAUAAAUGUUUCGGAGUUUGAAAAGGCAACACAAAAGAGUCUUCAACAAACAGUGGAAUCCCAACAAAAUGAACAAGUGGAACAAUGUGACAAGAGCUCAAGACUUCCAGACAUCUCAACAAUAGUUGGUUUAAUUAAUCCUGACUUUGAAGAAUCCACAACAAAACCCAUUCUUUGUAGAAGACCAAUAAAACACAGAGUUAUAAAUGAGAAUGACUUUGAAGAGGGCGUACAUAAUUACCUUCAACAAGGAAAAGAACUGGAAGAAGUUGAAAGAAUUGAACCUUUUGAAAAGACUUCAGGACUGACAGACAUUUCACGAAUAGUUGGAUCAAUUAAUUUUGACACUGAUGAGUCUGUGUCAAAACCAGUUUUGAGCAGAAGACCAAGAAGAGACAAACUCAUCAGUGAGGAUGAUUUUGAAGAAGGAGUACUUUUCUACUUGCAACAAGCAAAAGAGAAACCGCUCCCAGAAGUGCAGGACACAACAAGUGACAGCACCGAGAAAGAGAAAUCUAGUGCGCACACUCAGCAUGAUGAACUUGCUGCUACUGAACUGUACACUUCACCGUGGCCAGCAAAAAGUAAUGGUAUGAAGGCUGUUGCAACUGAUGCUAAAGAGAUGAAAAAUGCAUUUGAUUUAAACUCUCGGCUUGACCUGGAAAAAACAACUGAAUUAUCGGUGAGAGUUGAAGAAGAAUCUGUAAAGGUGGCCAAUUCAGGAAGAGCCAGCUCUCACAGUCUCUUUAAAGAAAAGAAUUUGUCAGAUACAGAUCACCAAAUAGUGUAUGCUGCAGGGAAACACGUUGAAGUUCUUGCUACGGGUGAAGAAUCAAUGGAUCAUGAAUUCAAGGUGGUCACAGAUGCUGGACUGAACUUAAUGCCAGGUGAACAGGAGUCAACCAUAUCACGGCACUCUGAAGGAGUGGAUACUCAUGAAGGGAUGUUAGUUGAUGAAGUGGGUGAUAAAGUGGAAAGUGAUAAAAUGGAAGCUGAAACCACAGAAAGUGAGGGAGUGAAGAAUGAUGAGGUGAAUGACAAGCGAAUGGAGGAUGAUGAGAUGAAUGACGAGCGAGUGGAGGGCGAUGAGAUGGAUGACGAGCGAGUGGAGGGCGAUGAGAUGGAUGACGAGCGAGUGGAGGGCGAUGAGAUGGAUGACGAGCGAGUGGAGGGCGAUGAGAUGGAUGACGAGCGAGUGGAGGGCGAUGAGAUGGAUGACGAGCGAGUGGAGGGCGAUGAGGCGGAUGACGAGCGAGUGGAGGGCGAUGAGGCGGAUGACGAGCGAGUGGAGGGCGAUGAGGCGGAUGACGAGCGAAUGGAGGGCGAUGAGGCGGAUGACGAGCGAGUGGAGGGCGAUGAGGCGGAUGACGAGCGAGUGGAGGGCGAUGAGGCGGAUGACGAGCGUGUGGAGGGCGAUGAGGCGGAUGACGAGUGUGUGGAGGGUGAUGAGGCAGAUGACGAGCAAAUGGAGGGCGAUGAGGCGGAUGACGAUGAUGAAGAAGAGCCUGAUGAAGUGCCCAGCAGAGAGGAGUUGCCAGACAGUAGUGAAUCUGAAGAAGGUGACAGUAAAAUGAGACUGGCUUUCCAGCAGAGUGACCAGGGAUUCAGAUCCUCUCCAUUACUGACCACACCACACUUUCUCAAGAUAUUGGAUAGCAAAGCACACAAACCACUUGUAAAAGUAAGGCAGAAUCCCAAAAAAACACCCAAAGCAAGAAAGAAAACCAGUUUGCCAAGCAGCUUUGUAAAGUCUGUUUUUACUCACUAUGCCAAAAUGAGAGUGAAGAAAGAAACAUUUACAGUAGUUGAACAAUGCUUGGAAUUAUAUUUCAAACAGCUUUGUGAUGAUGUUGAUGUUUAUACCAAACAUGCUAAAAGAAGAACUAUUGAAAAAGAAGAUUUGGAACUUCUAAUGAAAAGGCAAGGAUUUGUGACUGCAAAGAUGCCCUUGAAUAUACUGAUAGAACGCCACCUAUCUAUGGAAUGCAGAGAAAAACUAAUUCCAAUGGCUGUCAGUGGGAGUAAGAUAAUUCCCAAUAAGUAACAACCACAUACGUAGAGUGUCUCAUCAAAUCUAUUGCUCUUACUUGCCAGACCAGAAAUUAGAGCUCUAUGUAAGUGGAGAUAUUUCUCUUUUAAUGAAGUCCCUAAUGUAAAAAUUUAUAGCCGUUCUUAUAGACUUCCAUGAGCUCUGAUUUGUAGGGUCUCUCUGCUGAGGAAACCAUGCUGUAUUAGCAUUACAUUUAAUCCAUGGAUCCUAUCAACAUUAAAGCAAAUGUUAUUGACUAAAUAAUUAAUUUUUAAUGAUAAAGUAACAGAAAAAUUUGAAGGGAAUUCAAUGGAUAUUGUCUGUACGGAUCUUAAAGCAAUUGACAAAAUACCAUGAUUGAUAAAAUCAGGAAAAAAAACACUGCUCGGAGAAAAGAUCAAGAUUUUGGAUAGAAAAACAGCAGCUGGAAUUUUAUAGAAGUGAAGUGGUGCAUUUUGGCAGAAGGGAUAGGUAUAAACAUGGACUUAUUGGCAGAGUUUUAAAAGUGCACAUGAAAAAAAGCCUGGGGUUUUUAGUAGACAGACAUCCUUAAAGGUGGCAAAAUCAUAAUGAGAGAGAGAGAGAGCAGUUUACAAAGCAGAUGGUAUCUUGGACUUCAUAAGUAGUGGUAUUGAGUACAAAAGCUGAACCUUUACAAAGUUCUGGACAUCAGACUUGAGGAAGAAUAUGAAGUUGUUGAGCAGGUAAGAAAAUUUACCAGAAUGGUCCCAAGGGUAAGGAAGUUUAGCUGUAAGAUCAAGGAGGAGAAGUUGGUGCUUUCCUGCUUGGAGCUUAUGAGAUUGGUUUAGAUAUAUCUCUACCAUACAUUUCAAUCAUUUAAUCAUAAUGUUAAUAAAACAAAAUUCCGAUUUAUCUGAUGAUUGGUCAAGCACUAAGAUUUAAGGUUUUUGGUGAAAUGCAGAAGGAACAUGAGGAAUGUUUUCAAAGCAGUGAGUGGUAAUGUAUGUACUCCGAGGUUGGAUAUUUUGCAAUAAUCUACAAAGUAAUCUUCUCACUAAUUAGCCAAAUAAUAUGUAUUAAUCCCAACUCCCUACAUCACCAAUGUGAAUUUUUCUCCUAAGUAACAUGCACAACUUCAUGUAAAAUUGGCAAAUUGUACUCUGGACUUAUAUUUACUAAGCAGCAGGUUGAAACUAUCCAUAUAAAAUUAAAAUGUGGAGAGCUUGAUUCAAAAUAUAUGUUUAAAGUUAAAAUAUAUUUUACUAUAAUUAUACAUAUUUAACUUACACCACAAAGCAAUUUUUCUCAUCAGUACUUUUGCACUCUUAAAAAGUGUUUUGUAUUAAAAUAUUACUUCCUUGUAAUAAAUGUAGACAGUCUUAAAAUAGAAAAUCUUCACCUCUAGAUUUGGGUCUGCUGUUCCUGACUUGGCAUGACCAAAAUUUGAGAACAUGUUGUACAUUUUAGAUAAAAAUGUUGUAUAAUUAGUUAAGAAAAGUGUGCAUCUCCUACAACAACAAAACUUUAAUUACAAUUUAUUUAACCCUCCUACUUGAGUAAUAUUUGAUUUCUCAUUACUCGUACCUCACCCAAUAACUGCUCAAGUCCAUUAGAAGUUCCUGUGUAACUUCAGAUAGUAAACCAAGAAAACAUGGUAAAUUUAACUAAGCAAAUAACAAAGUUAAUUUUGAUUGUCAUUUGAGUUAAGGUAUUCUACUUCUGCAAAUGUCAGUUGUGAUUCCUUGACCUGUCCAUUGUAUUCCAUUAUUCCUAGAAUGCACUGUAAUAAUCUGUACAUCUGAUCAAGCUCGUGUUUGUUUCUUUUUCAC